AUGCGGUGGUCAUUCUUUUGGACAUUGAUCUUUCUGCUGCUUCAUUGCAGUGAGACAAUCGCGGCCCCGGUAUUAGACUAUGGGCAGUAUGAGGUCGAAGAGAUAGCGACCUUGGAUAGAAGAGCAGACAACGAAGCAACAACCACAGCGACCAAUGCAGCGACGAGUCAAACCUCCACGGCCUCGGCAACCGAUACCCACACAGAAUCCGCAAAAACAACGGUAGCCGUCACUACUACGACAGAAACGAAAUCCUCCACAACGUCGAAGGCGAGUCACUCGACCUCCAUCGCCACUACGAUUCCGUCUCUGGAUGGUUCCACGGCAUCGAGCGACCAAGCUUCACAGAAUGGAACGAAAUCAGUCUAUACAGGCGGCCUGCCGAUCAAACCAGUCAUUACCCCGGCGUUAGGAGUGGGGGGAUUCAUUCUCUUGAUCCUGGGAGCAGCGCAGGCCUUCAUCGGGAUCCGAAAACAAUCAAUCUAUAUAUUCCUAUCUACUGCAUUCCUUGCCGCGCUGGGUGUUACUGUUUUGAUUGUCUACGUGAUGAAUCCUCCAGUUACUAAUGCUGUCCAAGGAGGAUAUCUUGUCGCCGUGUUUUUCACCGGUGUGAUCUUCGGAGGCCUGGCUCUCGUGUUUCGAGAGAUUACCGAAGGACUCGGUUGCCUCCUGGGUGGUUUCUGCAUCGGAAUGUGGUUCCUCACCGUGAAAUCCGGAGGAAUUGUCACCGGUAGCACUGCAAGAGCAGGGUUCAUCAUUGCAUUCACAGUAGGGUUUUACUGCCUGUCCUUCAGUCAAUACACCCGAUCAUACGGACUCAUGCUUUGCACGGCUUUUUCGGGUGCGACGGUCUUGGUACUUGGCAUUGAUUGCUAUAGCCGCGCGGGAUUGAAGGAGUUUUGGCUGUAUGUCUGGGGACUAAAUGAUGAUAUGUUUCCCUUGCACACUAAUACAUAUCCUGUCACCCGUGAUAUCCGGGUCGAACUUGCCAUUAUUAUUAUAGUCACUGUGUUCGGUGUUAUUGCACAAUUGAGGCUAUGGAAGGUUAUCAAAGAACGCAGGGCCAAAGAGGAGAUAUCCCGCAAAGAGGCACAACAGAAGGACGAAGAAGCAGAAACUGAAGUCGCUCGACAACUGGAAGAAAAAAACCUAAGGGAGCGUGCCGAAUGGGAGCAGAUGUAUGGCAACGGUGUCGAUGCUAAAGCAGCUUCGAUGACUGAGACUGCAGUCGCCGAAGAUUCCCGACGGGGCUCGGAAGGAUUUGAGUCUUCCGGAAACGAGAAGGGUGAUUCUUUUGAGAUGAAGGACAUGCCAGCUGGGUCCCACGCUGCCAGUCCCAUUGAAGGCGGAAGAGUGGAGGAGGCAGUGCCAGAAACCGUGAAUGAAGAGCAAGAGGGCCCAACACACCCUGCAGCCGACACUUUAGAACAACACCCGCCUGCGUCAGAGCAGCAUACAGAGCAUACAGAGCAGACCGAGCCAAGACCAACGUCAUUAGUCUCACGCCAUACACUUCAUUUGGACCAAACUUUGCGAGAAGAUAAUGAUUCCGAACACGGGGCUGUCCUUGGAUCCGAACCUGGCUCCCCACGCUCCAAGCGCUUAUCUGGUCGAUCUCUCUUGAACAGAUUAUCUUGGCGCAGCGCGAAUGUUCCGAAGAAUGCCCCUCAGUCGCAAUCGGAAGAGGCGUUGGUUGUAUUAGACGAUACCAAUUCUUCUAUUGCUGGCGUCGUGGAUGAUAUCAGCUCAGGUUGCCCGAGCAUUGUAUCAGACAUUUACGCCGACGCCGAGAAUGAAACUGAACAGGAGAAUAAGGAAACAAAGAGCUUGCAGAAGAAAAAUAUUCUCGCCGAGGUGACUGAAGCAGGACUCAAUUCGCAAUCACGAAAUAUCGAGUUGAGUGCAGACGUACUCCAAGAGGAAUCGCAGCCUUCGCACGGCCAACACGAUGUAAAUGAAGCAGAGCGAGCACAACAGAACAGCGAGUUCCAAAUCCAUGAGGAUAAUGCGAGCAAUGAAAACCAGGUAAAUGCGGAGGAGUCAAACUCUCACGACGAGAGCCCGCCCUCGAAGCCCGACAAUAUCACAUUGCGGGUUACGUCUGACCCGCAAACCGAGCCACCCGCCGACAAAGAGCCCAAGCUCGCAGCUUCUGUGGAAGAGGUCAAUAGGGUUAAAGAAGAUUCUACAGCCACUGAGCUUCCAGUCAAGGAGACGACCAUUGCCGGUGAUGUCCCGGGUGAGGUAGAUGGAGAUCCUCAACAACCCGAUACGGAUUCUGUUUCCCAAUCAACACCGCCAUCGAAGAUGGAGAGUGCGAGAUUGGAUGUUUCUACUGUAAAGAAUAUUCCUGCACAGACGUCAAAGAUUGUGCAUUCCUUCCGCACCAACGAAUGGGCCAAACAUCUCGCAGACGCAGAGCUUCCGGAUGUUGAGCCCAUUACACUGGACUAUGAAAUUAAUGCCGUCGAGGGAGAUGCCGAAGAAGCUCCGGCGCCAGUGGACAUCCAAAGCCUCAUGCAGACGCCGAUGAAUGCCCAUCCUCCUCCUGCGACGUCGAGCUUCAAUGAGACCCCAGAAAGCCCGGAACAGGUUCGGCGAAGUUCCCAUACUUCAGGGGCGGGCUUCACCGAAGCUUCUCGAUCCAAGAGCCGAAAUAGCUUCCAAAGCAUUUUGGGCGCCAAAUCUCCAGCACCGUUGUCCCGAAAUGUCUCAUCCGCUUCCUUGGUGCCACGCCAGGAGCACGACGAACGAUCGGGUCAACCCAGGAGCCCAUCAACACCAUUUUUGACAAUUACCGCGCCGCAUGAAGGCCAGGAAGUUACGGAUUCACCGCGGUGGAGCGGUCCUGCACCACUUCUUGCCGUCCGUGAGAAUAUGGUCCGGAACAGGAUGUCUUCUACCUCCCUUCGUUUCGACCCAUAUAUCUCGCGAAGCCAGUCGCGCCAAUCUCUGGCUGAUCCGUUUCCGAUGGCCUCGCCGCCUUUGUCUAUCCCCGAAGAACGAGACGAGGAUCUCGACGUGACCUCCGCUGGUGAUGAAGAUGAUCUCCCACUAUCUCAACGAAGGGCCAUGUUGCAGCAGAAGACUUUCCAGUCACCAUCUUUAGCAAGCCUUCAGAGCCUUGAGCCUGCACAUUCAUCUCAGCAUACCACUGCUGAAACAGGAAGAAACGCGGCUGUUAUGGCAGCAUGGCGACACUCUGUCCGAGAAGAAAUAUCUCAGAAGCGUGACCCCUUGGCUUUCAACUCGCCUCCUCUCGGUGCGUCAAGUCCUGAGAGACCGCGAAGCUUAUGGGGAUCGAUGCAGCAGAUGCGAGAAGCAUCCGCUACGCAAGUUGGAAAUGCGAUUGCAGACGGAAUGCAGCGCGGAAGUAUGACGGAUCUGCAUCGUCAAGCUAUGAGGCGGAUGCAGGCCUCUGCAAACCGAAAACUAUAG